GGGAAAGAAUAUACAAGAAGCCAAAAAUGUCUUCUUUUACUUAUUCCCUAUUCACCACCAUUUUCUUAGUGCUAACAAUCUUUCUUCAUCCAUCAAAUGCUCAACUGAGUUCAACCUUCUACUCCAGCACGUGCCCCAACGUGUCUUCCGUUGUGCGCAGUGUUGUUCAGCAGGCUCUGCAAUCUGAUCCUCGUAUUGCUGCGAGCCUAACUCGUCUUCAUUUUCAUGAUUGCUUUGUUAAUGGAUGCGAUGGAUCCAUUUUGUUAGACGUAGGUGGCAACAUAACACUGAGCGAGAAAAAUGCAGGUCCCAACAACAAUUCAGCUCGUGGCUUUGAUGUAGUGGACAACAUAAAGACAUCUGUUGAAAAUUCAUGCCCUGGUGUUGUAUCUUGUGCUGAUAUUCUUGCCCUUGCUGCUGAAGCUUCUGUGUCUUUGGGAGGAGGUCCUUCAUGGAACGUACAACUAGGAAGAAGGGACGGUUUGAUUGCAAACCAAUCUGGUGCCAACACAUCCAUUCCCAAUCCAACUGAAAGCCUGGCCAAUGUCACAGCCAAGUUUGCUGCAGUUGGCUUAAACGUAACUGAUCUCGUUGCAUUAUCUGGUGCACACACUUUUGGCCGUGCGCAAUGUAGAUUUUUCAACCAGAGACUGUUCAACUUGAGCGGCACGGGUAGCCCUGAUCCCACGCUGAACGCAACCUAUUUGGCGACACUGCAGCAAAACUGUCCUCAAAAUGGAAGCGGCAACACUCUGAACAACCUCGACCCUUCGUCCCCAGACACCUUCGACAACAACUACUUCCAAAACCUUCUCAGCAAUCAGGGCCUUCUCCAAACCGACCAAGAGCUCUUCUCCACCAACGGCGCCGCCACAAUCUCCGUUAUCAACAACUUCGCCGCCAACCAAACCGCGUUCUUCCAAGCCUUUGCUCAGUCUAUGAUUAACAUGGGUAAUAUUAGCCCGUUGACUGGAAGCCGGGGUGAAAUCAGAUCCGAUUGUAAGAGGGUCAAUGGAAGUUAAAAAUGAGAGGUAGCAAGUUGUGUUCUUGAUAUAUACAGUAACUCAGCUACGUACCAUCAACAUUUACUUAAAACUUCGCGUUGUUAUUUGUGUGAUCAUGUCAAGAACUCAAGAUAUAAGGUAGGAUGUUAAAAUCGUUGUUUGAAUGUUUGACUACAUGUUGGUUUCUUUCCUUGCUUGCAUAAAGUGAUCUUAUAAGUAUAUAUAUUCCUCAUACAAUUCAACAAAUAAGUAUGGAUUCGCUGUAA